GCCUGCAAGGAGGCAAGGAGGAAGCACAUUAGAACUCAGCCGAAAAGGAGAAGUUGAGAUUAUAGACAUCCUGCCAAAAUGUUUUCUUCAAAGCCCAGACUUGUCGUACCUUAUGGCCUCAAGACUCUGCUUGAGGGAGUCAGCAGAGCCGUUCUCAAAACCAACCCGCCAAACAUCACCCAGUUUGCAGCAGUUUACUUUAGAGAACUCAUUGUAUUUAGAGAAGGGAAUGCUUCUCUGGAUAUAAAAGAUCUGGUUAAACAAUUUCAUCAGGUUAAAAUUGAGAAGUGGUCUGAAGGAAUGUCACAAGAGAGGAAACCAGAAUGCGCAAAAGAAUCAAGAGGACUAUCUAUAGUUUCCCAAGAACCUUCACGGAUGGAAAAAUCUACGAACACAGAGGAGGACAGUGUAACUGGAUCACUCUUUAGCAACAAAACCACGCAGUUCCCAUCAGUUUAUGCUGAGCCUGAGGAGACAACUAAAGCAGUUCGUGGUCCUUCAAAACCAUCCACCCCCGAGAUUCCUACCCCACCCUCAUCACCAUGUCCAGCAGCUGUCUCACCAGAGUUUGCCUAUGUCCCAGCCGACCCAGCUCAGUUUGCUGCUCAGAUGUUAGGUAAAGUUUCAUCUAUUCAUUCUGAUCAGUCUGACGUUUUAAUGGUGGACGUGGCAACAAGUAUGCCCGUUAUUGCCAACGAGGUGCUGAGUUCAGAGGCUGCUGAAGAUAACGUGGUGGCUGCUUCUGUUGUGUAUUCUGGAGAGGGGGUGGCAGUGCAGGUGGUGAGCCACUCCCCUGUCCAUGUAGAUUCGGGUUCUAAACCUAAAGACAGUAAGGCUGAACUAUCAACGGCUUCCUCACUCCCCUUGCAGGAUGAACAAGAACCUCCUGCUUGUGAUGCAGCUCCUAAGGUCCCUUUGCAGGCUGGUCCUGAGGUUACAUCACCCAUUCACAUAUCAUCCAUCUAUAAUGAUGAGCCUGUGAUUGAAGGAGUUGUUUAUGUGCAGCAACCACCAGAACAAAUAGUUUUCCCUGAUCGCGCUGCUAGUCUUAAAGAGACUGAGCUGUUACCAUCAGGUAGUCCCACUCUUGUAAAGACAGCCUCAGGCAUGUCUGAAAAAUCUGUAGGUUCUGCAAAAUUUGCACAGUUGGAGGAUGCAAAACAUCCCUCAUUACAUAUGGAGGCAGAAGCAACUGUUAUGAUCUCUGAAACCUCUUUGAAAGGUCUGCUUGCGCAAUCCCUGGAUGUAGAGGGCUCUACCAAAGCAGUAGGCUCUGAAAAAUCUCUGCGCCUUGAAGUGGAGAUCAUUGCGCUAGUCCCUGGGCAGGUGGAAAACCCUGAAUCCCAGGAGACGGAGAUCAAAGCUGAGGUCUCUGGGGAAGCCAUACAAGCUGUGCACUCAGGUGCAUCUAUAAGAUCAUCUAGUGGCCCCCCCAAGCCUGUGCCAGAAGGGCUUACUGAACCAGAAAUCGAACCAGAGUGGGAAGCAGCACCUGAACAAGGUUUGAUGGAACCAGCAAUAGCAACAAGCGAAGCAGGACAACCACCACCAUAUUCUAACAUGUGGACCCUUUACUGUCUAACUGAUAUGAAUCAACAAAGUCGCCCAUUACCGCCACCUGCACCUGGGCCUUUCCCCCAAGCAACCCUCUAUUUAUCUAAUCCUAAGGAUCUACAGAAUUCACCGAAAGUCACUUCUCCAACGUAUGUGAUGAUGGACGACAGCAAGAAGACCAGUGCCCCACCUUUUAUUUUAGUAGGCUCAAAUGUUCAGGAAGCACAGGACUGGAAACCUCUUCCUGGACACGCUGUUCCCCAGUCAGACACCUUGAAGAGAUACGCUGCGGUCCAAGUACCCAUUGCUGUUCCUGCAGAUCAGAAAUUCCAGAAACACCUCCCAACCCCCCCGAAUGUCAGUCCGCCUACAAGUGGACAAGAUGGCCCCAGGCCACAAAGCCCAGUUUUUUUCUCUGUUGCUUUCCCAGUAGAAGAUGUAGCCAAAAAAGGUUCAGGAUCUGGUGACAAACGUACUCCCUUUGGAAGUUACGGUAUUGCUGGAGAAAUAACCGUGACUUCUGCCAGUGUUCGCAGAGCAGAAACUUAAAACUGGCAGAUGCUGGAAAUGAGGCUGUCUGAGUCGACUUUUUUAAGAUCGAGUCUGCCACCAAGCAUAAUGGAUCAAUAAACUGCAUGCAAG